UCCCUCAAGGCAAAGCAAGCAAGGUAAAUAGUAGAGAAAUUAUUACCCAAGGUGAGUGAAAUCUGAGCCGGUUGGCAUGGUUCACUUGCUGAGCCAAUAACAGGCAGCUAAAGUUAAGCAAUACAAUUUACUUAGUUUGUGUUACUAUGGGAGCUGUAUAAUCAUUCUUCUAAUCAUGUCCUAAACUAGCAAGACUGCACUGCUAGCUCCUGCUGGAUUUUCUAAUCAUUCUCCGUUCAUAAUGUCCCUCUGGCGAGUAGACGAUUUGGUCAGGACAAAAAGACAAGACAACGGGCACAGACUGAUCCAUGGAAAUAGGAAGGCAAGUGCGGAUUUUUGCUGUCCCAGUCAGAAGGACGUCUUGAUAAAAUUAAAUGAUCGCUUGGCGGCUUAUCUUGAGAGAGUGCGGACACUGGAAGAGUCCAGCCAACAGCUGGAGGAGAAGAUCAAAAAGGUGUCUGAGAAACGGGCAACAGGCCACGACCACAGUUCUUAUCUAAAGACGAUCGACGAUCUGGAAAGUCAGAUAAGAAGUGCAAAACAAGCUAAUGCCGGGUUGUGGCUGAAUAUUGAGAACACGAAAACAGCAGCAGACUGCUUUAAGGAGAAGUAUGUUGCAGAAUUAACUUUGCAAGAUACUAUAAAGGAUGAUGUGAAGAAGCUCAAAGCUGCCAGCACUGGUCUGCAGAUGGAGACACGCUGUUUGGAAGUUGAGGAACAGAUCUUAACUGGGGAACUGAAGAACCUUAUGCAGGAUCAUAAAGAGGAAAGAGAACAUCUUCUACAGGAAAAAUCUAAGCGCAAAGUGAAUGUUGAGGUGGACAGUGUGCUACCAACAGAGCUCACGGGUGCUCUGGAGAAGAUGAGAGAGCAGUACAAAGCCAUAGCAAAUCAUCAUCAACAGCACUAUGAAUCCUUGCUUGUGGAAAAGGUUUGGAGAACUAUGUUACAUUUAAAGGUUCUAUAA